AUGGAAUUAGCUAAGCAUUUUAUUCGAACAAAUAUAGAACCGGAAUGGAUGAUUUUAUGUCUCUUACCGGUUCUGCCUCCCGAGUUGAGACCCAUCAUUCAGAUAGAAGGGGGUAAACUGAUGAGUUCAGAUAUUAAUGAACUCUAUAGAAGAGUUAUCUAUCGGAACAAUACUCUUACUGAUCUAUUAACAACAAGUAGAUCUACACCAGGGGAAUUAGUAAUGUGUCAGGAAAAAUUGGUACAAGAAGCCGUGGAUACACUUCUUGAUAAUGGAAUCCGUGGACAACCCAUGAGGGAUGGUCAUAAUAAGGUUUACAAGUCAUUUUCAGAUGUAAUUGAAGGAAAAGAGGGAAGAUUUCGCGAGACUCUGCUUGGCAAACGGGUCGAUUAUUCGGGGCGUUCGGUGAUUGUCGUUGGACCCUCACUUUCAUUACAUCGCUGUGGAUUGCCUCGCGAAAUAGCAAUAGAGCUCUUCCAGACAUUUGUAAUUCGUGGUCUAAUUAGACAACAUCUGGCUUCGAACAUAGGAGUUGCUAAGAGUCAAAUUCGUGAAAAAAAGCCGAUUGUCUGGGAAAUCCUUCAAGAAGUUAUGCAGGGGCAUCCCGUAUUACUGAAUAGAGCACCUACUCUACAUAGAUUAGGCAUACAGUCAUUCCAACCCAUUUUAGUGGAAGGACGCACUAUUUGUUUACAUCCAUUAGUUUGUAAGGGGUUCAAUGCAGACUUUGAUGGGGAUCAAAUGGCUGUUCAUGUGCCUUUAUCUUUAGAAGCUCAAGCAGAGGCUCGUUUACUUAUGUUUUCUCAUAUGAAUCUCUUAUCUCCAGCUAUUGGAGAUCCCAUUUCUGUACCGACUCAAGAUAUGCUGAUUGGACUCUAUGUAUUAACGAGCGGCACUCGUCGAGGUAUUUGUGCAAACAGAUAUAAUCCAUGUAAUCGAAAAAACUAUCAAAAUGAAAGAAUUUACGAAACAAACUAUAAGUAUAUGAAAGAACCCUUUUUUUGCAAUUCCUAUGAUGCAAUUGGAGCUUAUCGGCAGAAAAGAAUCAAUUUAGAUAGUCCUUUGUGGCUUCGGUGGCAAUUAGAUCAACGCGUUAUUGCUUCAAAAGAAGUUCCUAUCGAAGUUCACUAUGAAUCUUUUGGUAACUAUCAUGAGAUUUAUGCACACUAUCUGAUAGUAAGAAGUGUAAAAAAACAAACUUUUUGUAUAUAUUCGAACCACAGUUGGUCAUAUUUCUUUUUAUCGAGAAAUCGAGGAAGCUAUACAAGGUUUUUCUCAAGCUUGUUCAUAUGAUACCUAAUAAUAUGGUAUUCAUAAAAAAAGAAUUAUAGGACACCCGUGUGAAUUCGGACCUCUCCGAGUCAACUCGGACAUAGUUCCUGACCUAAAAAAUCAAGAUCGAGAAAAGGAAGUUUUGCAAUCAUUGACUCAAACUCAUUGUCGAAUCCCAUUCAGCAGAAUAUGGAGGUACUUAUGGCGGAACGGGCCAAUCUGGUAUUUCACAAUAAAGUGAUAGAUGGAACUGCUAUUAAACGACUUAUUAGCCGAUUAAUAGAUCACUUCGGGAUGGCAUAUACAUCACACAUCCUAGAUCAAGUAAAGACUCUGGGUUUCCAGCAAGCAACUGCUACAUCCAUUUCAUUAGGAAUUGAUGAUCUUUUAACGAUACCUUCUAAGGGCUGGCUUGUCCAAGAUGCUGAACAACAAAGUUUGAUUUUGAAAAAACACCAUCAUUAUGGGAAUGUACAUGCGGUAGAAAAAUUACGCCAAUCUAUUGAGAUAUGGUAUGCUACAAGUGAAUAUUUGCGACAGGAAAUGAAUCCUAAUUUUAGGAUGACGGACCCUUUCAAUCCAGUCCAUAUGAUGUCUUUUUCGGGAGCUAGAGGAAAUGCAUCUCAAGUACAUCAAUUAGUAGGUAUGAGAGGAUUAAUGUCGGAUCCCCAAGGACAAAUGAUUGAUUUACCUAUUCAAAGCAAUUUACGCGAAGGACUGUCUUUAACAGAAUAUAUUUUUCUUGCUAUGGAGCCCGUAAAGGAGUUGUAGAUACUGCGGUCCGCACAUCAGAUGCUGGAUAUCUUACGCGUCGACUUGUUGAAGUAGUUCAACAUAUUGUUGUACGUCGAACGGAUUGUGGCACUAUCCGAGGGAUUUCUGUGAGUCCUCGAAAUAAAAGUCGGAUGAUGUCAGAAAGAAUUUUUAUCCAAACAUUAAUUGGUCGUGUCUUAGCAGACGAUAUAUAUAUAGGUUCCCGAUGUGUCGCCUUUCGAAAUCAAGAUCUUGGGAUUGGACUUGUCAAUCGAUUCAUAACCUUUGGAACACAAUCAAUAUCUAUUCGAACUCCCUUUACUUGUCGGAGUACAUCUUGGAUCUGUCGAUUAUGUUAUGGCCGGAGUCCCACUCAUGGUGACCUAGUUGAAUUGGGGGAAGCUGUAGGUAUUAUUGCGGGUCAAUCUAUUGGCGAACCGGGGACUCAACUAACAUUAAGAACUUUUCAUACCGGUGGAGUAUUUACAGGAGGUACUGCCGAACAUGUACGAGCCCCUUAUAAUGGAAAAAUCAAAUUUAAUGAGGAUUUGGUUCAUCCUACACGUACACGUCACGGGCAUCCUGCCUUUCUAUGUUAUAUAGACUUGUCUGUAAUUAUUGAGAGCGAAGAUAUUAUACAUAGCGUGACUAUCCACCAAAAAGUUUUCUUUUAGUUCAAAAUGAUCAAUAUGUGGAAUCAGAACAAGUGAUUGCUGAGAUUCGCGAGGGAACAUCCACUUUUCAUUUUAAAGAGAGGGUUAGAAAAUAUAUUUAUUCUGACUCCGAGGGCGAAAUGCAUUGGAGUACUGAUGUAUCCCAUGCACCCGAAUUUACAUAUAGUAAUGUCCAUCUUUUACCAAAAACAAGUCAUUUAUGGAUAUUAUCAGGAGGUUCUUGUGGAUCUAGUCUAAUUCUUUUUUCGAUCCACAAAGAUCAAGAUCAAAUGAACAUACCCUUUCUUUCCGUCGAAAGAAAAUCUAUUUCUAGCCUCUCAGUGAAUAAUGAUCAAGUGAGCAAAAAAUUUUUCAGUUCAGAUUUUUCUGAUAAAAAAAAAUCUGGGAUUCCCAAUUAUUCAGAAUUGAAUGGAAUCGUAGGUACUAGUCAUUAUAAUUUCAUAUAUUCUGCUAUUUUUCAUGAGAAUUCGGAUUUAUUAGCAAAAAGGCGAAGAAAUAGAUUUCUCAUUCCAUUCCAAUCGAUUCAAGAGCAAGCGAAAGAGUUCAUACCACAUUCAGGUAUCUCGAUUGAAAUACCCAUAAAUGGUAUUUUCCGUAGAAACAGUAUUUUUGCUUUUUUUGAUGAUCCUAGAUACAGAAGAAAGAGUUCCGGAAUUCUUAAAUAUGGAACUCUAAAGGCGGACUCAAUCGUCCAAAAAGAGGAUAUGAUUGAGUAUCGAGGAGUCCAAAAAUUUAAGACAAAAUACGAAAUGAAAGUAGAUCGCUUUUUUUCAUUCCUGAGGAAGUGCAUAUUUUACCCGAAUCCUCCGCCAUAAUGGUACAGAACUAUAGUAUCAUUGGAGUCGAUACACGAAUCACUUUAAAUAUAAGAAGCCAAGUCGGCGGGUUGAUCCGAGUGGAGAGAAAAAAAAAAGGAUUGAACUCAAAAUAUUUUCGGGGGAUAUCCAUUUUCCGGACAAGACAGAUAAGAUAUCCCGACAUAGUGGCAUCUUGAUACCGCCAGGAAGGGGAAAAACAAACUCUAAAGAAUCAAAAAAUUUAAAAAAUUGGAUUUAUGCCCAACGGAUCACACCAACCAAGAAAAAGUUUUUUGUUUUGGUGCGGCCCGUAGCUACCUAUGAGAUAAUGGACAGUAUAAAUUUAGCAACACUCUUCCCACAAGAUCUCUUUCGGGAAAAGGAUAAUAUUCAACUUCGAGUUUUCAACUAUAUCCUUUAUGGAAAUGGUAAACCAACUCGAGGAAUUUCUGACACAAGUAUUCAAUUGGUUCGCACUUGUUUAGUCUUGAAUUGGGACCAAGACAACAAAAAUUCUUCCCUCGAGGAGGUCCGCGCUUUCGUUGUUGAAGUAAGUACAAAGGGUUUGAUUCGAGAUUUCAUAAGAAUUGGCUUAGUGAAAUCCCAUAUUUCGUAUAUAAGAAAAAGAAAUAAUCCGCCGGAUUCGGGAUUGAUCUCUGCAGAUUCCGUGAAUCCGUUUUAUUCGCUUUCUCCCAAGGCUGGCAUUCUUCAACAAUCGCUUAGACAAAAUCAUGGAACUAUUCGUAUGUUCAGAAAUAAGGAAUCCCAAUCUUUGUUAAUUUUAUCAUCCUCUAAUUGUUUUAGAAUCGGUCCAUUUAAUCAUGUAAAAUAUCACAAUGUUAUAAACCAAUCAAUAAAAAAAAACCUCUAAUUACAAUUCAAAAUUCGUCGGGCCCCUUAGGAACAGCCAUUCAAAUUUCGAAUUUUUAUUCAUUUUGCCUUUACUAACUUAUAAUCAGAUCUCUGUAAUUAAAUAUUUGCAACUUGAUAACUUCAAAUAUAUUUUUCAAAUAAUUCACUCUUAUUUAAUAGAUGAAAACGGAAGAAUUUUUAAUCUAGAUCCAUACAGUAACCUUGUUUUGAAUCCAUUCAAAUUGAAUUGGUAUUUUCUUCAUCAAAAUUAUAAUAAUUAUUAUUGUGAGGAAACGUCCACAAUAAUAAGUCUUGGACAAUUUUUUUGUGAAAAUCUAUGUAUAGCCAAAAAAGAACCAUACCUAAAAUCGGGUCAAGUUUUAAUUGUUCAAAGGGAUUCUGUAGUAAUAAGAUCCGCUAAGCCCUAUUUGGCUACUCCGGGAGCAAAAGUUCACGGGCAUUAUAGAGAAAUUCUUUACGAAGGGGAUACAUUAGUUACAUUUAUAUAUGAAAAAUCGAGAUCCGGUGAUAUAACCCAAGGUCUUCCAAAAGUAGAACAGGUGUUAGAAGUCCGCUCGAUUGAUUCAAUAUCACUGAACUUAGAAAAGCGGAUUAUUAAGGUUGGAACAGGUGUAUAACAAGAAUUCUUGGAAUUCCUUGGGGAUUCUUGAUUGGUGCUGAGCUAACUAUAGUGCAAAGUCGUAUUUCUUUGGUUAAUAAGAUUCAAAAGGUUUAUCGAUCCCAGGGGGUGCAGAUUCAUAAUAGGCAUAUCGAAAUUAUUGUACGUCAAAUAACAUCAAAAGUUUUGGUUUCAGAAGAGGGAAUGUCUAAUGUUUUUUUACCUGGAGAAUUGAUUGGAUUGUUACGAGCAGAACGCACGGGGCGUGCUUUAGAAGAAGCAAUCUGUUAUCGAGCCGUUUUAUUAGGAAUAACUCGAGCAUCUUUGAAUACUCAAAGUUUUAUAUCCGAAGCAAGUUUUCAAGAAACUGCUAGAGUUUUAGCAAAAGCUGCUCUUCGGGGUCGUAUCGAUUGGUUGAAAGGCCUGAAAGAAAAUGUUGUUCUAGGGGGUGUGAUCCCCGCCGGGACCGGGUUCAACAAAGGAUUGGUGCAUUGUUCACGGCAACAUACCAAUAUUCUUUUUGAAAAAAAACAAAGAAUUUAUCUUUAUUAGAGGGAGAUAUGAGAGAUAUUUUAUUUUAUCACAGGGAAUUUUGUGACUCUUCUAUUUACAAAUCUGCCUUUUCUAGAAUUGAAUAAUUCCUAAUAGCAGAUUCCUGUUUUGAAUUUCAUGUUUUAUUGUUUGCUGUAGUCAUUUGCUUUAAUAAUUUGUUAACACUAAUAAAGAUAAUAAUGAAUACAAAAUAAUGGCUCGGCUCGUGCAUAAACGGACAAGAGAAGGUUCCAUUGGAACAAAUUUUAUUUUAGUUUUGGGUACCCCCCUUUUAAGUGUGAAAAGAAAUGACAAAAAGAUAUUGGAACAUCGAUUUGGAAGAGAUGAUGAGAGCAGGAGUUCAUUUUGGGCAUGGUACUAGGAAAUGGAAUCCUAGAAUGGCACCUUAUAUUUCUGCAAAGCGUAAAGGUAUUCAUAUUAUAAAUCUGACUAGAACUGCUCGUUUUUUAUCAGAAGCUUGUGAUUUAGUUUUUGAUGCAGCAAGUAGGGGAAAACAAUUCUUAAUUGUUGGGACAAAAAAUAAAGCAGCUGAUUUAGUGUCGCGGGCUGCAAUAAGGGCUCGGUGUCAUUAUGUUAAUAAAAAGUGGCUCGGCGGCAUGUUAACAAAUUGGUCUACUACAGAAAAAAGACUUCAUAAGUUUAGGGACUUGAGAACUGAACAAAAGACAGAGGGAUUCAACCGUCUUCCGAAAAGGGAUGCAGCUGUGUUGAAGAGACAAUUAUCUCGCUUGGAAACAUAUCUAGGCGGGAUUAAAUAUAUGACGGGAUUGCCUGAUAUUGUAAUCAUCAUCGAUCAGCAAGAAGAAUAUACGGCUCUUCGAGAAUGUAUAACUUUGGGAAUUCCAACCAUUUCUUUAAUCGAUACAAAUUGUAAUCCCGAUCUCGCGGAUAUUUCUAUUCCAGCAAAUGAUGACGCUAUAGCUUCAAUUCGAUUCAUUCUUAACAAAUUAGUAUUCGCAAUUUGUGAGGGUCGUUCUAGCUAUAUACAAAAUUCUUGAUUAAUAAUAAGAUAAAUAAAUCAAUUUUUUUUGAGGGAGGGGCUCCCUGUAUUUCGAUUUAUAAAAUCGGUUACUAUUCCUGAAUCAUACAAAAGAAAAAGAGAUAAAAAACUGGGUAUAUUGUGUGAUUCGUUUAGUUGGUAUCCAAAACUAAAAUAAAAAUUCAAGUAAAUAAGUAAAAAAAAAGGGGGGGUCUUGAAUCAAAAUAAUUUAAAGUUCUUAUUUCUGUCAGAGGGCAAUAUGAAUGUUUUAUCAUGUUCCAUCAAUACACUAAUAAAAGAAGGGUUAUAUGAGAUAUCUGGUGUAGAAGUAGGCCAACAUUUCUAUUGGCAAAUAGGGGGGUUCCAAGUCCAUGCGCAAGUCCUUAUUACUUCUUGGGUUGUAAUUGCUAUCUUAUUAGGUUCCGCAGCUCUAGCGGUUCGCAAUCCACAAACCAUUCCAACUGGCGGCCAAAACUUCUUUGAAUUUGUCCUUGAAUUCAUUCGAGAUGUGAGUCAAACCCAGAUUGGAGAAGAAUACGGUCCAUGGGUUCCCUUUAUUGGAACCCUGUUUUUAUUUAUUUUUGUUUCUAACUGGUCAGGAGCCCUUUUACCGUGGAAAAUUAUCCAGUUACCUCAAGGGGAGUUAGCAGCACCAACGAAUGAUAUAAAUACGACGGUUGCUUUAGCUUUACUCACAUCAGUAGCAUAUUUUUAUGCGGGUCUUAGCAAAAAAGGAUUAGGGUAUUUCAGUAAAUACAUUCAACCAACUCCAAUUCUUUUACCCAUUAACAUCUUAGAAGAUUUUACAAAACCCCUAUCACUGAGUUUUCGACUUUUCGGAAAUAUAUUAGCCGAUGAAUUAGUAGUUGUUGUUCUUGUUUCUUUAGUACCUUUAGUGGUUCCUAUACCUGUCAUGUUCCUUGGAUUAUUUACAAGCGGGAUUCAAGCUCUCAUUUUUGCCACUUUAGCUGCGGCUUAUAUAGGUGAAUCCAUGGAGGGUCAUCAUUAACUAUUUUUUUUUUCAAAUUUAGGUUAGCCCAAUUAUCGAAUAGUUGGUUUACGUUAUGUAAGAAACACUUGUAUAUGUCAUAUUUGAUAUUGACUAGGUAUAUAUAAGUUAAAGAUCUAUAUAAUCUGCCCCACUAUUUUUGUGAAUUUCUAUUUAGAUAACGAUUCGAUUAUAAGUUCUUACUUUUUAUCUGUGAAUUGGCUGAAAAAAACGAUCAAAAAAAGAACGAAGAAUUAAAAGAAAAGAAUGGUUCACAAAAAAGAAACGGCAUAAAAAAGUCGUAUAUAUAUAUAUUAUGCAUUUUUCAAAAUCCCGUGGAUAGGAA